AUGUCCGCAGCUCACCCAUACAGAAGAUCUCAACACGGGGAGUCUUCGUCCUCCUCUUCACAGGCCCAGCAUGAUCCCAGUGCGCAAGAUAUGCAGGACCUACUCCGGCCCACAGCUUCCACAAAGGAAUCAAAGCGCCUGCGGGGCGAAAUUGCGUGCGCUGAAUGUCGCAGACUGAAAAUUAAGUGUGACAGGAAAGUACCUUGCACAACGUGCAUGAAGAGGGGCUGCGCUGCGCUUUGCCCAAAUAGUACCAUACCUCCGGGCGACGGAAGCAGAUUUGUGCUCGCGGCUACAGAGCAUCUCCGCCAGAAAAUGGCAGCAAUGGAGGCCCGAAUGCAUGCUUUGGAAGAUGCUCUGGCCAUUGCACAGUCUAGCGAAUCCAGUCAGCCACACCCUCUACUCACCGUACCGUUUGAGGAUGAAGUAGAAGACGAACCGAGUCUUUUGCAACCCAUGAACUCGGAAGAAACCGCCCAAGCAUCAAAUCAGUUCGGUAUGCUACACAUGGAUCCUGUUGACUACGGCUCCGCCAGGUUUUUUGGGCCGUCCGGAGGGUCUGAGCAGCCCCGGCCAGUAUUGCAGGAACUGGAUCCGUCCUACCUCCCGGAUGAAAUCAACCAGUUAUGCCAAGGUUUCCCUUUCACGCCUCCAGGAAUGCAAACUCAAGUUGUCAUAGACAUGAUCGAAACGUUUCUGCCUCCGAUUGAGCGAGCAAUCGAGCUGACCGAUACGUUCUUGGAACAUCUAUCUUGGAUGUUCCAUAUUGUGUCUCGCCAACUGAUCGUGGGCGAGCUUAUUCCAACCAUUUAUAAGCUCAACCACAAUACUUAUGGCCCCCACGACCUCGCUUUGAUGCUCAUUACGCUCGGAAUAGGGGCGUUGGUUGACCUGAACCUACCACCAUACAAUCUAGAAGCUCAACACUACUAUCGCCUUGCUUGCGCUGCUUUGGGUCUACAGCCAGUACUGUCCCAGCAAUCCAUCGUGACGAUCAAGACGUUACACUUGAUAAGCAUCUACAACGGGAUGAGCGGAAAAGAGAGUAACCUUGAACAAAGUUACAUGAUGCUUAGCUUGGCCGGCCGCCUGGCCCUUGGGGUGAAUGUCGACCCUUCUUCUUGGGGGUUUCAAGGUAGGGAGGCAUACGACCGAAGGGUCUAUUUUUGGAAUCUCUUGGCUGCGAUCUUGUGGCAGGCUUUAGUCACCGGUAGACCGCCAGUCAUCCUGCAGACGUUCAUUCAUUGCAAGAUGCCUACUGAUGAGGAAGAAGAGCUCUACCAACUAGGUGAAGUCCCUCACGGCUUCGGAACAUGGGGCUUCAAAGCUAGCAUCGAAUGCCUUCUUCCCGCCGUACGUGCCACAUUGGCAGCGAAGCCACCGCCCUAUUCGGAGAUCCUUGAACUUGAUCACAAAAUACGAAAAUUUGCAUCGGUGACAUCGGCCUCUGAGGACCAAAAUGACAACACGGCUUUGUCCAUGCGGACAUUUGUACGAUCUCAUUACCAGGACCUGAUCUUGUUAUUCCUCCAUAGAGGUUUCUUCGCUCAGGCGAUGGCCGAGAACACCGAUAACCCACUGCGAACGACGUACGGAGAGUCAGUAACGGCGGCCUAUCAAAGUGCAUGUGUUGUACUAGAAGACACUCGUGUCCAGUUCAUGAAGAAGCCUACGCUUUGUGCCCGCGUAUGGAGGAUAUGGUCGCUUGCCUUCUCAGCCGCUAUUGUGAUAGGUGCAGUCGCCAUACGAAGGCUCGAUUUUCAACCACCACCCCUAGAACAAUUCGAAAUCGCGUGUCUUUUGUUUCAAAAGGCUGCAGAGACUAGCAGUCGAGCAGCUAGAGCACUUCCAAUUCUGUUCAAGAUGCGUCAAAAGGCACACACGAGAUGUGGUUCUGAGGAUGCCAAGAGGAGCGCUGAUGAGGAGCUGGCUAUCUUCAGCGGUAGAGUCUAUCCCCCAUCCGCCUCUCAAUCCACCCCUACGGCUGGCCCGUCUUCAACUACCCCAGUUUCGACGCAUCAGAAUCUUCAAUUCCACUAUCAUCCUCUAAUGGGCGACGUUGCACAGUCGUCCUCCGAUUUCACUACCUCGUCGACCAGCCAGCCAAUUCAGCUGCCGCUUAAUCCGCUCGACGGCUGGAACAGCCUUUACACAGAGAUACCUGGCCCUGUAAUCCCCACAAAUAUGGAUACACCCCCGCAAAAUGUAAUGACCGCCCCCCCUGAUCCGCCUGGAGCAGGGUUCACGUUCGACGUUCGUUGGUCUUCAUUCAUGGAUACAUAA